UAAUUCUUUCCUGUCUUCUGUCCUACUUGCUGUAGUAGAGUGUGAAAUAAUGCAUAAGUUUUUUGGUUGUGUAUGUUAGCAAUAAAAUUCUGAAUUAUGGAGGCCGCUAAGACUAUUAUAUUUUUAAUGUUACGUGGUGUGAAAGAUUCUAUGUGUAAUAUUGUAAUAGCUUUCUGGAAUUUGCGAAAGGGUAGUAAAAAUUAUUCAACAAAAUCUGUUGCAAAGCAGACGAGAGAGGACAAAAGUGGCAAUGUUUUGGAUAUUUUAAUGCAGUGUGUUAUGUUUGGUGUUUUAUUUUGUGCUGCGAAUUGGUUAUUUGAAUAUUGCAUUCUUAAUUUCUCUGGCCGAUAUUUUGGACUGUUUUUAGAUAUGGAUGAAAUUAAAGCGCUAUGGUGGUUACCAAAACUUAUGUACUUAAUGUUCUUCAUAUGUUGGAUUGUGCCGUUAUUUUUUAUUAGCAGACUAUUAAAUUAUUCUUGGUAUCAAGAAAUUGCAGAUUUAACGUAUGAAGAUACUCGAAUGAAAAAAGAAACCCCUUUUAGCUUUACGUAUUCUGUGAGUGAUCAAGCGUUAAGUGCUUUCGUUCAACUUUUAUUUUUCACACAAGCGUACGUUGUGUACUUGUUACCCAUACCUAAAGUACUUCAGUAUUUUAUAUCAAAUUUACACAUGUCACUUUUAUAUUCCUUGUAUGCUUUUGAAUACAAAUGGGUACAUAUGAGAUGGCCUCUUAAAAAGCGCCUCUUCUAUAUUGACGCAAAGUGGCCCUACUUUAUAGGGUAUGGAUUGCCUUUAGCUCUAGUGUCAUCAUGUGCAAGUUCAUAUCUUAACAGUGUAUGCAUAUUUUCUGCUUUGUUUCCUAUCUAUGUUGUAAGCAGUGCUAUUACAUUUGACAGUGAAGUGCAGAAUUACAGUCAGCCUCUUCGGUCAUUUACCGUUGUGCAUAGGGUAGCAAACGCAGUUUCUGCAUUCAUCGCAGGACGUGUACAUAAAGAAUAGAUAGCCAUAUAUUUGUAUGUUGUAUUUAAAUUGUCAAGUUUCUCAUUAUGUAUUUUAUUACUACAUUUUAGCCUAAUACGAAAACUCCGGACUGGAUUUUUUUUGCCGUUUUUUCUAACUUCUAACUUUAAAUUUGUUAUUGAAAAAAAAUGAAAGUGAAACAUUUUUUGAAUGUUUUUACAUUUGUUUGAAAAGCUAUUUUUUUUUUCUGUGAAUGUCAUGAUAUAAAUUUUAGUAACUAUAAUUAACUGUAUCUUUUUGAGUUGAUUUAAAAUUCUUCUAUAUGAAAACAAUUCUGUACGCAUUGCCAUAUUUCUAUCUGAUUACAUGUAAAUUAUAAAAUUGCAUUCAUAAUAUAUAUGCUAUAAACUUUAUUUUUAAAGUUCAGCUUAUCACUGUCAUCAAUGUGUAAUCUGAUAUAUUGCAGUAUGCACGAUCUUAGUUAAUAACCUCAGUAAUUAAGAACAUUUUGUAAUAAUUAAAUAUUUAAGCAUACUAGAAGUGUUAAAUAAACUAGGUUCCUUCAUCCUAACUGCAGUACUUUAUGAAUUACUUUAAAGAAAAACCUUCAAAAUUGUGGAAAACCUGUCAUAUCCUGUAGAAGUUGACUGUUUGUGAAGUAUAUAAUAUUAUGUAAACAUUUAUGUGACUAUUAACAGUCAAGUAACAUGCAAUAAAGUAUCUGAAUUUCUAUAAA